GUGUGCACGUGCCAUUUCGGUGUUUCUUAAAAGAUUUAAUAUUAUAUACGACUUGCCUUGUUUUAUUGUAUUUGGAUUAUGUUAUAGAAAGUGUGUGACCUGGCUGUGCUUACUGGAUUUGGAUUUGAAUAUAAUCUGUUGUGAGUUGAUACAUGACGUGGCACGAUUUGUAUUGAUCGAUAAUGGCGACGAAGCAAAGACCCUGUAUCAUUUGCCACAGAAGUACUAAUCGAAUUGGUGGCAGACCCAUUAGAAGAUCAUCUCUCCUUAACAAUGAUUUUCUUUCACGAAACUGUUUUGUUUUGGACUAUAUUCAAAAUGCCGACCAUUCAGUAAAGGUAGUGGAACAAGACAGAAUCUGUCGGCCAUGCUUCCAACGCGCAGAACAUUGGCACCGUCGCAGAUUCUUAUCGCAAGAGAGUUAUAAAAUCGUUACUGUGGCAGUCCAACAGCACGUAUCAGAGUCUGACGAUGCUCAAGGUGAUCAAGAUGCAACUGCAGAAGUCAAACAGUAUGUACGAGAGUUUAACGAAAGUCAAGAUACGACUCUAGAAAUCAAACAGCAUGUAUCAGAGUAUUACGAUACUCAAGAUAAACAAGAGGCGACUGUAAAAGUCAAAAAACGUGUAUCAGAGUCUGACGAGGCUCAAGAUAUGACUUUAGAAAGUAAUCAGUAUGUAUCGGAGUCUGACGAUGCUCAAGAUACAACGGUUUUACGUCACAGCAACGUACGCGACCAAGGAAUUCAAACUGGGCUGGUGACAAUAGAAAUUCCUGGAUAUUCCCGCGUACCUAAUAGUUCUCGUCGUUGUAUUAUUAAAGGUUGUAAUAAUAUCAAUCUCCACAGAGUUAAUAAUGUUAUUCGAAUGAAUAUGUUAUUGGAUAAAAAUCUAUAUAUUCCGAGCGGUGUACGUGUAUGUGAAGAACACAUACAAAUCAAUGUUUGGGGUGUAAUAGAAAAUUUCACACGCAACACGUUUUCCACUUUCAAUAAGACCCAAAUAACGGGCAUGUUAGCUUUACAAAAGCGAGCGCUCUCUCUCAGCAAGAGAAAUAAGAAGAAGAAAGAGAGAAGAAAGACUUCGGAAAAAUAAAUAGUAUGGA